CACAAAUCGUUAGAACAGAUAGAUGGUUGCGGCUGCGAGGAGACGGCGAAUCGUUGCUGGUAAUUGCCGACUGAUAUUUUGGGGUUCAUUCAAAAGAUAAACACGGGCUGCCUAAUGAUAUGGAGGUAGUAGACAUCUUUUUGCUGGAAUUUUUCUGUGCAAUUUGUUAGCUGGGUAUUCUUCGGUAUGGCUUUCGGUUUAUAAAAAUCAUUUACUUAUUUAUUUUUGUUCAUUAUACUUGGGAAUUACUGCCUUCCACUGGUGUAGUUAGUAGGAUUGAGCUUGUUCUGAGGAUGAGCGGAUGGAUGGAUUCUGCCAAAAAGCUUUGCAUAACCUUAAAAGCAAACACUUCUAACUAGAAAUUCAAAGCAUUGCAAUGGCUAUGUUAAAGCUACCAGUACCAAUUAGUAGCCUUGCUCCUGUCAAGUUCACGCCAUUUCUAUCUAAGUCCAAUGAAUUGGCUUCUCCUCUCCUGGACCCAAUGAAGCUCUUGAAAGUGGCUGCAGAUGCCAAAAACUUAAAAUUUGGUAGAACAAUCCAUGCCCAUUUGAUCAUUACCAAUCGCCUCCCUGGAGACUGCAGGGUAAACCAAAUUAAUUCUCUUAUUAAUUUGUAUGUGAAAUGUGAUGAACUAUUCAUUGCUCGGCAGAUGUUCGAUAGAAUGUCGAAAAGAAAUGUGGUUUCUUGGUGUGCUUUAAUGGCUGGGUAUAUGCAAAAUGGGAGUCCCUUGGUAGUUUUUGAGCUGUUCAAAAAGAUGAUAGUGAAGGAUAAUAUUUUCCCCAAUGAAUAUGUGAUUGCCACUGUUAUAUCUUCUUGUCGUGAUAGUCAAAUGUAUGUAGAGGGGAGGCAGUGCCAUGGGUUUUCCUUAAAGUCUGGAUUGGAGCUUCAUCAAUAUGUUAAGAAUGCACUUAUUCAGAUGUACUCUAAGUGUUCAGAUGUAAGAGCAGCAUUGAAGAUAUUAGAUACUGUGCCAGGUUAUGACGUAUUUUGUUAUAAUUUGGUUCUAAAUGGGCUUCUAGAGCAUUCACAUUUGAGAGAAGCUAUAGAAGUUCUGAAGUUAAUGAUUGAUGAAGGCACAAAAUGGAAUAACGCCACUUUUGUUACGAUUUUUCGCAUUUGUGCUAGUCUUAAAGAUUUACAAUUCGGUAAGCAUGUUCAUGCUCGAAUGUUGAAAAGCGAUAUUGACUACGAUGUUUAUAUCGGAAGUUCUAUCAUUGAUAUGUAUGGGAAAUGUGGUAAUGUGUUGAGUGGAAGAGCCUUUUUUGAUCAGUUGCAAAACCGAAAUGUUGUUUCUUGGACAGCAAUCAUGGCAGCUUAUUUCCAGAAUGGAUUCUUUGAAGAAGCAUUAAAUCUGUUUUCAAAGAUGGAAAUUGAUCAUAUUCCUCCUAAUGAAUAUACACUGGCUGUGUUGUUAAACUCUGCUGCAGGUUUGUCCGCACUAAGCCAUGGUGAUCAGUUACAUGCUCGUGCCGAGAAAUCAGGUCUCAAGGGCAAUGUUAUAGUAGGGAAUGCCUUGAUCAUAAUGUAUUCCAAGAGUGGGGACAUUUUAGCAGCACAACGCGUGUUCUCAAAUAUGAUGUGUUGUGAUUCCAUUACCUGGAAUGCGAUAAUAACUGGUCACUCUCACCAUUGUAUCGGUAAGGAAGCGUUGAACAUAUUCCACGACAUGUUGACUGCUCGAGAAUGUCCAAAUUAUGUGACCUUUAUUGGUGUUCUUUCUGCUUGUGCCCAUUUAAGUUUGGUAGAUGAAGGAUUGUACUAUUUUAACCAUUUGAUGAAACAAUUUGGUAUUGUUCCUGGGUUGGAACACUAUACCUGCAUUGUUGGACUUCUAAGUAGAUCUGGACGACUCGAUGAAGCUGAGAAUUUUAUGAGGUCGAAUCCAAUCAAUUGGGACGUUGUUGCAUGGCGCACCCUUCUCAAUGCUUGUUAUGUUCAUAGAAAUUAUGAUAAAGGGAAACAAAUAGCAGAGUACUUACUACAGAUGGAUCAUGAGGAUGUAGGUUCUUAUAUUCUAUUAUCAAACAUGCAUGCGAGAGUUAGGAGAUGGGACGGUGUCGUUAAGGUUCGAAAAUUGAUGAGAGAAAGAAAUGUGAAGAAAGAACCUGGAGUGAGCUGGUUAGAAAUAAGAAAUAUUGCCCAUGUUUUUACAUCCGAAGAUAAUAAACACCCCGAGUCGAGUCAGAUUUAUGAAAUGGUAAGGGACUUGUUAACCAAGAUUCGACCAUUGGGGUAUGUUCCUGAUAUUGCUGGUGUUUUGCACGAUAUUGAGGAUGAGCAAAAGCUCGACAAUCUUAGCUAUCAUAGCGAGAAGCUUGCCGUAGCAUAUGGCCUGAUGAAAUCACCAUCAGGUGCACCGAUUCGGGUGAUUAAGAACCUUAGGAUGUGCGAUGAUUGUCACACUGCUAUCAAACUUAUUUCAAAGCUUGCAAAUAGGACUAUAAUUGUUAGAGAUGCCAACCGUUUCCAUCAUUUUCAAGAUGGUUUUUGCUCGUGUGGAGAUUAUUGGUGAAAUUUUCGAUAAGUUUCUCAAUGGCUUGAAUGUUUUGAUGAUAAAACGUUUCAAGCCAUGAUUCUGUGGUAGCAGAGAUAUCAACAUACUCUACUAUUUCAGGCUGGUAUUAGGCACACAUGACACAAGUUGAGCCGACUAGGUCUGCACGUUGGGUAUGUGAGUUGUCAAUACCAGUUUUCUUAUAUUUUCAUUUUUCUUAAUAUCUACCGAUGUCAUUUAAUAUUUCAACUGGUUUUAUAACGACCCAAGUCCACCGCUAGUAGAUAUUGUCCUCUUUGAGCUUUCCCUUUCGGACUUCUCUUCAAGGUUUAUAAAACGUAUCUUCAAGGGAGAGGUUUCCACACCCUUAUAAAAAAAUGUUUCGUUCUCCUCCCCAAUCGAUGUGGGAUCUCACAA